CUACGUAGCUACGAAGCUACGGAGCUACUUGGCUACGUGGCUACGGAGGUACAGAGCUACAAAGUUACGUAGCUACUUGGCUACGUGGCUACGGAGCUACAAAGCUAUGUAUCUACAUGGCUACGUUGCUACGUGGCCACGUGGCUACGGGGCUACGGAGCUACAAAGCUACGUAGCUACUUGGCUACGUGGCUACGGAGCUACGGAGCUACAAAGCUACGUAGCUACAUGGCUAUGUUGCUACGUGGCCACGUGGCUACGGAGCUACGGAGCUACUUGGCUACGUGUCUACGGAGCUACGGAGCGACAUGGCUACGUAGCUACAUGGCUACGUGGCUAAGUGGCUACGUAGCUACGUGGCUAGGGAGCUACUUGGCUACGGAGCUACUUGGC